AUGUCAAGUGCUGUCGCCGCCGCCGCCGCCGCCGCCGCCGGCACGCCGCCGCCGCCGCCGGCCCCUCCCACCGCGCACCAGGCCCAGCACGGUGAGUAUGUCCUCCUGCGCUUGAGCAACGGCUCCGAGCGCGUGGUCCGCCUUCCCCUGCACCCGGACGAGGUGUCCCGGCUGGACUCGGUCCCGAAGAAGUCCAUCACCGGCGGCCCGAGCCAUGUGCUGAACCUCGGCCGCUUCGGCUCGCUGGACCUUUACCAGCUGGUGGGGCUGAACUUCGGCUGGACCUACGAGCGCAUUGGCACCGGGGCCGGGCGUCUGGUCCCGCUGGCCACGGAGGAGGUCGACCGGGCGGAUCUGCACUCGGUGCAGGCCGGUCUGGCCAUCGAAGCCGCCGAUGGUCGCACCUCCGCUGACAACCGGAACCUCAUCGACACCAACACCUCGCAGGACCUGACCCAGGAUGAUAUCCUCAAGCUCAAGGGCGAGGGUGUGUCCGGUGCCGAGCUCAUCGACGCCAUCAUCGCCGGCAGCAAGACCUUCGCCGAGAAGACCGAGUUCUCCCAGGCCAAAUACAUCAAGCGCAAGCAGGAGCGCCACCUGCGUACCAUUCAGAUCCUCAAGACCAGUCUGAUGAAUGUGGCCGAGCAUUACUACACCCGGCAUCCGUCCCGCAUCAUGAACAUUCGCCCGGAUACCCUCUCCCAGAUGCUGUCCUAUGCCAAUGUGCAGCCUGGCGCGCGGGUGGUUGUCCUCGAUGACUGCGGCGGCCUGGUGACUGCUGCGGCCCUUAGCCGUGUUGGCGACUCCGGGCUUGUGGUGGGCCUGUCGACCCAGUUCGAGGAGCCCGGCUUCGAGGUGGUCAGCACCCUGAACAUGCCGGCCGACCAGCUGGACCGGACCCUCCUCCGGUCGACCUGGUACCACCUGUCCCUCAGCUCGGAGGAUAUCAUUUCCGAGGGGGCCCCAGCUCCGGGGGCCGGCGCCGAGGUGGAGGAUUCCGCGAUGCCGGCCGCCGCGGUGGCCGGGCGCAAGAACCUGGCCGAGCGCCGGCGCAAGCGCCAGCUCUGCCGGGCGGCCGCGCGCGAUGAGCUCAUGCGCGGCAACUUUGACUCGCUGAUUGUGGCGGCCCGGGUGUGCCCGAUGGAGGCCGUGCGGCUGUUGGUGCCGCUUCUGGCCCCCUCGCGGCCGUUUGCCAUUUUCUCGCGCUCCUCCUCGGCCCUGGCCCCGACGAUGGCGGCCCUGCGCAGCCAGCAGAUGGCCCUCGACGGGCGGCCGACUCCCUAUGCCGGGGACGAGCCGGACGACGCCGAGGACGACGCCAUGCCGGCGGACGCCUCCACCACCAGCCCCCUCCCCCGGGCCAUCAACCUCCAAAUCCAUGACACCUGGACGCGCGAGUACCAGGUCCUCCCCGGGCGCUCGCACCCCUUCAUGAAUAUGCCCGGCGCGGCGUCCGGCUUCCUGCUGACCGGCAUUCGCAUCCUCACCGACCCGGAUUCCGAUGCGCCGGAGCCCCUGGCCGGGCUGCAGCUUCUUCUGUCCGAGGUGAAUCAGCUGCGCAAGCGCGCGCGCCAGGUCACCGGGAGCAGCACCUACUGGGGCAUCAGCAGCAACCCUGUUGCUGGCACCAGCACCGGUGUCUCAACUGACGAGUCGGCCGCCGCUGCUGUCUCCACGGAGGAGCCAGUCGCCGCUGCUGCCUCCACGGAGGAGCCAGUCGCCGCUGCUGCCGUGGAGCAGUGACGACACACCGCCGCUGGUCUAUAUAGUGGCACAGAAAAGGAUGCCGCAUAGAAAACAAAAUAAACCCAUUCUCGGGCGCCCCCACCCGGGCCCCUUCCUUCCA